UAAAGUGUGUAGUUUACUCAACCUUUUUAAUGCUAUAAAUAAGAGGUCCCUUUUUUUGUAAACUCAUCAACAAAUGUACCCCUUUGAAAAACAUUAUUAUGGUAGUUAUAAAAAAAAUCACAAAAAACACAUCUACAAUAAGCUGUAAAAAAUAUAAGAAGAAGAAAUAUAAUGAAAAUAUGUUCAAUAAUAAAAGGUGUUGGUCUCCUGAAGAAGAUCAAAGGCUUAUUGAUUUUAUUCGCAACAACAAUGGUCGUCCUUGUGACUGGGACUCUCUCCCUAAGCUUGCAGGCCUAGAUCGAUGUGGAAAGAGUUGUCGUCUUCGAUGGGUAAACUAUCUAAAUCCUGAGAUAAAACGAGAGCCUUUCUCUGACCAUGAGAACAAGAUUCUUAAACAACUUCAUGGUCUUCUUGGCAAUAGGUGGGCUGCAAUAGCAGCAAAACUGCCAGGAAGAACAGACAAUGAUGUAAAGAAUCAAUGGAACACCCAUUUUAAGAAUCACACAACCACCAACAUGUUCCCAACAACUACACAUAUAACCAGGCACAUGGCACAAUGGGAGAGUAUCAGAGUAGAAACCGAGGCUCGGUUAACAUACGAGUCCCUCUGCUUCCCCUUAGGAUAUCCUACAUACAACUCUGAUACCUUCCUGUCUCUGUGGAACUCUGAAGUCGGAGAGUCCUUUCGGAAGAUUGAGACCUGUUCAGGUAUGACAGGCCAAGUUUGGCAGCCUGUAAGCGUGAAGAAAGAGCAGCAGGGGACGUACUCAGGGUCUGAUGAUUUAGGUGAUUCUUCUUCAGAUAUAGCAAUGAACAUGUUGCUGGAUUCUCCAGUAAGUGAAUAAGUGAUUAGAACUGAUUAGUGCCUGCACUGAACUUUUACUAACAGGCAUGAAUUGCAUAAUAUACGAUCUUGCCAAAUUUUGUCAGGAAUUUUAAAGUUAGUAGCAAGGAUUAGAGAAAGACAGUGAUCUGAUAUUUGUGUAGUAGAACUUCAUUCAGUGCUGGUUAGCUUCAAAAUUAACAUAAGAUCAUUUUGUAUAUGUAGAUCGCGCUUCUUAAGCAGUUAGUGUGUAAUGCCUAUCUACAGAUUUUAGAACAUAUUUGCUGAUUACUGAGAACUUCACUAGCUUUGCAAUAUGAAGAUAUAUUGAAGAGCUGUAAAUCCUUACUGAUAUCAGAUAUGCACUGCAAAUUUGUAACAGAAAACAGGAAAAUCUA